AUGCUUGUUAAAACAUUUGAUGAUAUUAUUUUUACAUUUGAUAAUAAAUAUCUCUCUAAGUCUAAAUUGUUAGAAUCCAUUUGUAAUCACACAAUAUUACUUGAACCAGUUCCUUUACUUAUAAAUCAUGACGGAUUAGAUAUUAUUUAUAAAUUUAUGAAAAUAGAUACAUGCACUUUAUCCACCGAAUACAGUGCUUAUGAUCUUAAAUUUAAACAAUCUGAUUUAGAUUUUUUUAGAUCUUACGAUUGUAAUAAGUUAAUAGAUUUAUCUAAUGCCUGUUCUUAUUUAGAAUAUUAUUAUUGUUUAGAAGUGUGUUGUAAAUUAAUAGCAGGGAAAUUAAGAAAUAAGAAUGUACAAAUAUUAAAGAAACAGUUUGGAGAUGAGGAAGUUUUAAAUAAUAAGGAUUUUGAAUGGUUAUCUUCUGAUGAACAAUAA